AUGGAAUCAAGCUAUGACGUGAGGAGUGGAACUAAAAAAACUGUGGUAGAAAAUGAUAGACAGAAUUCUGCACAAAGCUGUGAUGAGAAUGCAGAGAUUGAUACUAAUCGAUUAAAUGCUAUUUUAAAUGCUGAAUACUUGGUUUCUGAAGAAAAAAUCGAAGAAGAAGUAAAAAAUCAAAAAGAUGUUUUUGAGCUCAAAACUACAUUGGAUGAAUUGAUUGAUGAAAAUUCGCACAAAGAAGAACGCCUUGGGGAACUUUUAUCAAUUUGCCAAUCUUUUACUGGAUGUACGACCCCUGUGAAGUCGAAAUCGUCUUCUUCAAGACAGUCACUAGACUUAACCGGGAUCGGAUUCACACAUGGAACGGGAGUUCCAUGUGGGAUCCGAUCCCGGUUGGUCCUGGGGAUAGCGUAUUCCGCGCUAUCCCCAGGAAUUUUCUAUAUAUAAUUUAAUUAAUAAAGUAUGCAUCAAAAUUCAAAUAUAUUUGCAUUGCUUUCUCCAAAAAGCUCAACACAUAUUUUAGAAAACGAAGUUACUGAACUAAAGUCACGAUUACACGAAAUUGACAUGAGGAGGUCUGAAGAAGCAUUUGUUACAAAAGAGUUACAAGAAAUGAAAGCUAAAGAAUGGAAAAAUUUGCAGAUAUGAAAAGAGAGGGUGAAAGAAGCUAUAAACUUGCAAAAAGAAAUUGACCCAAAAUAUGAUGAACUCCAUAGUUCAAAAGUUGUGGCUAACUCUUUCAAUAUGAGAAGCCUUGAUAAUUUUUUUCGAGAUGACACUAAUUUAUAUUAAAUUAUUAUUUUAAGAAAUUUUUUAAUGGGAUAAGAAUAAUUUCAUAUUAGCUCAUCAUCAAACUACGAAUUAUAUAAGCCUAUCUAAAAAUAUCAAAGCUGAGCAAGAUAAAAAAUACCAAGCCCAAUCAAAAAUCCGAGACGAGCUUAGAAAUGAAAUAGCAGAAAUAGUUGAAAACAUAGGACAGCAAUCAAUAAUUUCUGACUCCCCCCCCCCCCCUCCGUGAGCGAACAAAAAAAUUUUGUUCACUCACGGAGGGGGGUUUAAUUUUUUUUUUUAAAAAAACAUUUAUAUAUAAAUUUUAUAAAAAAUAUUUUUUUCGAAAUUUAAAAAAAUCCUAAUUUGCAAAAAUUGGGAAGCAAAUAUUAAUUUAAUUUGCAAAAUUUAUAUUUUAAAACGCAAUUUGUUUAAAAUUAAACAGAAUUAGCUCUAGAUUUCAUUAUACUAAUUAUCACUUAUAUAUCAAAAUUUUUUUCCAUUAAAAUUUUUUCUAUUAAAAAAAUUUUUGUUCGCUCACGGAGGGUGGGUUUUUGGUCAAAAAAUGGUGAUUUUUCUAAUGGUUUUGUUCGCUCACGGAGGGGGGGGGGGGGGGUGAGAGAAAAAAAGUAAACUAUCGAGUAAUGAUAGCCACUCUUAAGCUUGAAAUUGAAAAGUAUGAAGGAAGUUCAGUAAAAGAAAAAGAAAAUAUCCAAAAAGUAGUGAACUAUAGAGAAAAGCUAGAAAUUAUAAAGAAAAUUAUUAAAAAUUAUGACGAAACCCUUAUAAUUGUAGAGCCUCUAGAUGAAAUUUCAAUAAAAAAUAUUAUUCAGGUUUAUAAUGAGAUGUCAUUUCAAGAAUCAUCUUUAAGUGAGCUAUUUCAAGAACUAACGGCUGAAGAAAUAAAGAAAAAUCAAGCUUGCAUGGAUAUCUCUAAACAGCUUGAACUAUUAAAAGCAGACCAAAAUAUUGGGAUCUCUCCAUCAGUUUUUUCUUCUACUUUUAACCAGAAAAAAAUGAUAUUGGAUGACAAAGAUUUAAUAAAUUUCAAAUCAGACCAUUUGCAUGAUAUAGCCUGAGCCCCUUUUGGCUCAGGCUAUGCCGACGUCUUCUGAAAUCAACUGGGGAAUUUAUUUUAUCAAACAUUUCUUGGUAAAACUAUGAUAAAUCCACUCACCACUGGAGAUUGCCAUCUGGGGAGUUGGCUUUACCAACAAGUGUUGAUAAAAAAAAACUCCCCGUUGAUGUCAGAAGACAUCAGUAUAGCCCAAGCCAAAAGGAGGCUCAAGCUAUAUAGAAAAAUGCUUAUUAAAACUUUUCUUUCUCGUUUUAAACUUUGGGUCAUUUUUAUGCAAUUCGUUUACAAAAAUCACAAAAUAUUCCGAAAAUAAUGAGCUUGACAGCUAUACGAUCCAAAAAGCAACAAAAAUAAUAUCUGACCUUAAGAAAGGGUUUGGAAAUCCUGUAGGUGGAAAAGGAAAACGAAAUAAUUUGCAAAAAAGAUACACAUUGAUGCCAAAUAAGCAUAUUCAUAACUUUUUUAAGACUGACAAUAUAGAAGCUUCUCCUGUUAUAAGAGAAAUCGCAACAGUUCAUUCCUUAUUAUCCGCAGGAGAAGUCUCUAAGCUUUACAAUCAAUAUUUUUUCGAUCGUAAGCAUGGUAAAAAACUGUCAAAAUUUUUGACAAGUAAUCCAAUAAUUUGCUAUUUUUUAACUCUAAAGCAAAUUGAUACUUAUUUUCAAGACCAGCAGUCCACAAAAGAUAUAUUAGACAAUAUCUGACAAUUAAAUCAGCAAGCUCAUUUAAAACUUCUAGAACAAUUCAUGAGCUUAAGUGACAUUACUCGAGAUUUAAUUUGGCAGACAAGUAAAAAUAUAAGUUCAGCUAAAACUGAUGAAUUUCAAGAAAAAUCAGCUCUUUUGGAUAUUAAAAAAUACCGAGAAUCUCAAAGAAAAGACACAAAAAACCAAAAAUCCAAAAAAAAUGACCAAUUAUCUCGAGAAGAAUCUAUUGAAGGAUCUCAAAAUAAUUUAAAAAUUAAUGAAGCACAGAAAAACGAUAAAAUAAAUAGAGGAGAAGACGAAUUUGAGCUAGCUAUAUAUAAAAGUCCACAUAAAGAUAACAAAGAUGAUGAUAGUUUGUACACUGAAGUUCAGAGUAUUUUAAAAUUUAGAAGUCCGCCACCGAAAAAGAUUGAAAUAGGUGGGCUUAGCAAUAAUGCUGUUUUACAAGAAAUGAAAGAUGUCAAAAAUAAAUUAAAAGAAAUUAAAGGCAUGGAAAGAAAAGCUAACAAAAUUAAUGUAGAAAAUACAAAAUUCUUCUUAACCACUAAAACAGUGAUGUUUGGGAUUGGACAACAAGCUGAAGAAAUUGCUAGCACCCAGCCUACAAGGCCUUCAACGUAUUCAAUAUCUAGUAGAAAAUACAGAAAAUUAAUGUAA